UUUCUCGCAACACCGGAAAUUGACCUUAUCACCUCAACGUCUUCUUACUACGAAAGUACGAAUCCUUGGAAGAAGAGAGAUAACAAAAAACAAACUGGGUUACAAUUUCAUCUAAACAUGAAUGGCACACUACAGUCUAUUUUUCGCAGCAUUUCGCAGCAGCUCGCAAAAAUAAAUAAUGGGGGCCUUGAAAAAAGUCGAGAUUUCCAUCCUCCUCCUCGCCAUAAGUGUCUCCGUGGAAUGUCGGGAUUUUUACUACCCGCCAUACCGCGUGGUGGCUUUGCCCCCACUCUUUUCCCCCAGGGGACCACCACCCCCGGCCCCUCCUUCCUACGAGUACUACCUCCCUCCACCUCCCCCUCCGCCCAACACGUGGACGGAGUGCGCCCAGAUCAGAAACCAGUUCCAUGGCACGAUCCACUUCGGUCUGAAUCAGGAAACGGGUCCGCUCCACGGGUACAACUUCAUCCCCGUCGCGGUCGACAUGCGGGAACGGUGCGUGCUCGUCUUGGUCGACACGAUGGGCAAGGUCAACGUGUACCACGACUCGAAACUAUUAAGGGGCGAAGAUUGCUGGAUCUACCCGAUCGCCUACGCCCACUGUGAAAGCUGUCUGGGAAAAGUACCCCAACUCUCGAGCGACCCCAGCACAAUUUGCGCAAUUUUGUACGAAGCGCCCUUCUGCUCCACCGCGCUGGGCUUUGCGACGGAAGUGCUUGACGGGGAGGAGGAGGGCAGACUGGACCCCCAACUUUUCCGGAGGGUGUCUUCCCUCGUCGUGCGGAACGGCUGUGGGAUGGAAGUCUACGACGCGGAACAGUUCCAGGGAAGAGCCGCCUUCGUCAAUGGCACCGUCGACGUGCUCCCAUACGAUUGGGACAACCAGAUUGCGUCCUUUAAGUGCUCCUGUGACACGGGAAAUUCUACCACCACGCUCCCUCCCGGAACUACAACACCAGAACCUAUAACCACCUCUGAACCAACAACCUCAUCCCCCACGUCAACUACAGCAGUAACCUCCUCCUCCUCUACGACAGAAACGCCAUCCACGACGAUGAGUACAACACCCUCCACCACCAUGACCACUGUCCCCUCAACAACGACACCUCGUCAACCCACCACCUCCACGACAUCAGUUUCUUCCACCACGACGGAAAUCAUGACCUCUCCAACGCCCACGCCCACAACCAAUGCCACCUUUCCAACGACCACCGUCUCAACGACCACUACGACACAACGGGAAGAUUAUAUAUACUGAUUUCAAUUUAUCAAAAUAAAUCGUCGUACCAAAUAUGA